AUGACUGUUUACGAGGAUCUCAAAGGCCGCGGGUCAACCAGACUGGCUGUAAUCAACGUCAACGACGGAAGCAUAACUACUUUUGGUAACCAGAGUGGUGCAGACUCUCAACCAUGCUGGACGCCUGACGGUACGACCAUUGCCUUUCUGUCCCAAGUUGAUGGUUUGAGCCAGCUGCAGGUCCUCGACCUAGCUUCCAAGAACAUCAAGUCGUCAAACAAGAUUCCUGGGAAUGUGGAACAGUUAUCUUGGUCGAUUGACGGCGCGAAAAUCCUUUUGGUCGUGGCCGGUUUGGAAGCUGACCUGGCUGGCGUGGAUGGAGGGCGGGCGUCACAGGGUUCCGGAACGAUCGACUCCGAGUGUAGUUGGAUGCCUACGAUAGAAGCGACGCCAACGGCUGGGGCAUAUCGCACAGCUUGGGUGCACAGCCUAGCAACAGGCAUGUCAAAGCAAGUCACCUCAGCGACAAUCAACAUCUGGCAAGCUGUUUGGCUAUCUGAUACCGCCAUCCUGGCGUUGUGCUCUGAUCUUCCGGGAGAGGAGCAUUGGUAUCACGCUUCACUCUGUGAGAUUUCUCUACACACAGAAGCUGUGAAGCAUGUGUUUGGCUCAGAGCUCCCGAUGGACUGGCUCACGACUUCUUACAGUGGUGCGUUUGUGGCAUUUGCCGUGGGGGUCGCUAGUGACAGAGCCAUCUUGACGGGCGAUCUUCACAUCCUCCAUGUUUCGACGGGUCAAGUAUCCCAGAUUGACACUGGCGGCGUCAAUGUGGGUGCCAUUUCUUGGGUAGGAGAUAAUGAACUUGUUGCCUCUGGCUUGCGUGACGGGCGAGAUGUAGUCUUCGCUUAUAAGCGGUCGACAAACCUGAUUGAAGAGCUUUGGAGUAGUGAGGAACUCAGUGUCGUUGGAGAAGGCAUCUCUCAGGUUUCUGGGUAUAAUGAUGGUGAAAUUCGCGUUGCUUUCGUACAGCAAGGCUGGUUCACACCUCCGACAUUAGUGAUGGCUUCUUCACUUGGCGUCCGAACUAUCAGAGCAUUCUCUAUCCCUGAGCUGCAGGAAAGAGUCAGAAGGCUAGGUCAAGCACAGACUGUAAAAUGGAAGGCUCCAGACGGUUUAGAGAUCUACGGCUACUACGUCCACCCACCUACCCAAGGACCAUUCCCUACCAUCAUGCACAUUCACGGAGGACCAGUGUUUGGCUGGAGACCCAGAUAUUUAGGCCUGGAUAUGCAGCUGCAGGUAUUUCUGGAUGCAGGAUUCGCUGUAUUUGAGCCUAAUCCAAGAGGCUCGUGGGGCCGUGGGCAGUCCUUUGCCAAGGCGGUCUAUGGCGACAUGGGCGGCGCUGAUACUCUAGAUUACCUGAGCGGCAUCGACUACCUAGUGGACAGCGGCCUGGCAGAUCCUAGUCAACUUGGAAUAUAUGGAGGUAGCUACGGUGGUUUCAUGACAGCCUGGCUAAUCACCCAGACGGAUCGCUUCAAGGCAGCCAUACCCACGAGUCCCGUGACAGACUGGGUCAGCGAGCACUUCACAAGCAACCUCGCACGGUUCUGCAAAGACUUCCUGGCUGAUGACGUGCACGACUUUGGCGGAAAGUAUCUAUCUCGCUCACCGAUUCACUACGUCCGCAUGGCCAAGACGCCGACGAUGCUGGUUUGUGGAGCAUUGGACAAGAAUACUCCCCCUGGCCAGGCUGUUGAGUUUCACCACGGUCUGAUCGAGCAGGGUGUUCCAUCGGUUCUUCUCACGUACCCUGAGGAGGGCCAUGGUGUUAGGAACAUCCCAGCUCGUAUUGAUCUCAUUGCUAGAGAGGUGGAGUGGUUCCGAAGCUAUAUGUAG